AUGGCGGAGAAACCGCAUCUCUCCGUGGUGAUUGCCGGCCAUGCCGAUAGCGGUAAGAGCACUGCUGUGGGGCGCUUGAUCUACGACCUGGGUGGGCUUCCGGAACGUGAAAUGGACAAGCUGAGGAGGGAUGCUGAGAACUUGGGCAAGUCAGGCUCCGCCUUGGCUUUCUACAUGGAUAAGAUGGAGGAGAGGGCGAAGGGCAUGACCAUUGCAUCCAAGAACAAGGAAUUCUUCACUGAAAAAUGGCACUACACCAUCGUGGAUGUCCCUGGCCACCGAGAAUUCAUCAAGAACAUGGUGACAGGCUCUUCCAUGGCAGAUGUUGCAGUCGUUUUGGUGGCAGCUGACAGCGACCUGGGACUGAUCAAUGACCAGACUCGCGAGUACACUCGUGUGAUGAAUCUUCUGGGUGUGCAACAGCUCUGCAUUUGCGUGAACAAGAUGGACUGCGCCGGCUACUCCCAGUCCAGGUACCAGGAGGUUGCCAACGAGACCAAAGCCAUGUUGACGAGGAGUGGCUGGAGAAGGGUCUUUGUUGAAACCGCUGUUCCAGUGCUUCCAAUCUCAGGAAUUUGCGGUGACAACUUGCAAAGGAAGUCUGACCGCAUGGGCUGGUGGAAUGGUCAAAGCGUUGUGACAAAGGAUAAGCAAGAGAUCCAUGUGGAAACCCUGCUUGAUGUGCUCGACCGCGCCUUCUUGCCGCCUCAGCGCAAAGAUGACACGCCUCUUCGAAUGCCGCUCUGUAACGUCUUCAACGUCAAGGGAGUGGGUUGUGUGGUGUCCGGACGAGUUGAACAAGGCAUUGUCAAGCCUGGUGAGGAAGUGGUCUUUUUGCCCUCAAUGGCCGAGGGCAAAGUCUUUUCCAUAGAGAUGCACCACAAGAGGAAAGAGCAGGGAAUCCCAGGUGACGUUCUCGGCUUGAACAUCAAGGGCGUGGACAAGGCUAGAUUGCCGCGAAUUGGGGACGUCAUGAUCUACAAGACAGACACCAGCCUGAGCGUGAUCAAAGAAUUCGAUGCUCAGGUCCAAGUCCUGGAGGUGCCCAAAGCUAUCCUCCCGAAAUUUUCACCCAUGGCCAUUGUGAGAACAGGCCACGCGCCUUGCACCCUGACAGCCAUCAAGUGGAAAGUUGGCCGGGAGACCAAGGGGAAGAAGGUUGAGAACCCCAGUGAUUUGAAGGCGAGCCAGAUGGCGCAGUGCACCUUCGUGCCGCACAGGCCGCUGGUGGUCGACACCUUCAGGGGAACUCCAGGUUUGGCCCGCCUCAGCUUCUUCCACCAGAAGGGCCUCGUCAUGACGGGCAAGGUGGUCAGCUUCACCAAGGCAGAGGGUUCCGUGCAGGAGGUCAUCGCUGCCUUCAAGAGGUUUGACAAAGAUGGCAAUGGACGCAUCAGCCGCUCGGAGCUGGCGACCGUCUUCAAGUCCUUGAACCCCAACAUGACGGACCGGGACCUGGACGACCUAAUGAACAGCGCCGACAAGAACAACGACGGAUCAUUGGAGAUUGCUGAGUUUGUGAAUUCGCUCUUCCAGUCAAAACCCUAA